CCAAUCCCCGCCUUCAUAAUGUAUUAAAACACAUUGAUCAUAAUGACUCAGCAGAGUUGAAUCUACUAUAAGAAACGAUUGAGACAGUAGAAGUGUUUGCAGACCAACAUUGCUGUUUUGAACUCAGACGGAGACAAACACGGACUAAGAAAAUGCCGGCAUACAUCAUUACAUACUUUGCUGUGAGAGGGCGCUGUGAGACAAUGAGGAUGUUACUGGCUGACCAGGGUCAGGAAUGGAAAGAGAAUGAAGUCACUUUUGAUAUGUGGAAGAAGGGAGACCUUAAAGCAACAUGUGUAUUUGGCCAGUUGCCGAAAUUUGAAGAUGGUGACUUCACACUUUACCAGUCCAAUGCCAUUCUGCGCUACUUGGCGCGAGCCCAUGGACUUUAUGGAAAAGAUGACAAGCAGGCAGCUCUGAUUGAUAUGAUGAAUGACUCUUGUGAAGACCUCAGACUUAAAUAUGCUAGAAUGAUAUACCAGGAUUAUGAAAAUGGUAAAGCCAAGUAUAUUGAGGCCCUGCCCGGUGAUCUGUCUAAGUUUGAGAAGAUUCUUUCUGACAACAAAGGCGGCUUUCUAGUAGGAGGCCAGAUUUCAUAUGCCGACUACCACCUCCUGGACCUGCUGCUAAAUCACCAGGUCCUGUCGCCUGGAUAUCUCGACUUGUUCCCGGCUCUCAAGAGCUAUGUGGCGCGCCUGUCUGCCCGUCCCAAAAUUAAAGCCUUCCUUGAGUCUGAUGCACACAAGAGCCGCCCAAUCAACGGCAAUGGAAAACAGUGAUUGCCAUGGUAACAUGUAACCAUGGAAACGCUUAACAGAGUGCUCAUUCCAUCCUAGUGUAGGCUUUUAAUUUUUUUUUUUUUUAAAACACGAUAAACCUAGGGCUGCAAUGAAGGUCACAUUUUUACCUUUUAAAGGUUUAGAACACAUUACCAAAUGAAGGCUUGAACCUUCGAUAGUACUAAUUUACCGGUAACUGUAACCAUAGCUACUAGUUUAUAUUUAAAUAUCCUAUUAUCUUACAAGUAAUCAAUAUAAAUGGAAUAAAACAUUCACAUAAAGUUUUAUAAACUGUAAUCCAUGCUUUUAUAAUUAAAAUAAGUUUAUGUACAUGUAAUUGAUACUGCUUGGGAUACUCACUCAUAUAGUAUUCGCAGUAGUACUAGGAGGCUGUGUGGUCCAGUGGUUAAAGAAAAGGGCUUGUAACCAGGAGGUCCCUGGUUCAAAUCCCACCUCAGCCACUGACUCAUUGUGUGACCCUGAGCAAGUCACUUAACCUCCUUGUGCUCCGUCUUUCGGGUGAGACGUAAUUGUAAGUGACUCUGCAGCUGAUGCAUAGUUCACACACCCUAGUCUCUGUAAGUCGCCUUGGAUAAAGGCGUCUGCUAAAUAAACUAAUAAUAAUAAGUAGUGUUGGACAAUAAUGCAAUGUUCUGUUGGCGUUUUAUCGGCUGUCAAUUACCUCAGUAAACAUGGUUAUCAGCUGAAUAAAGUAUAUAACAUUU